AUGGUUAAUUGUAAGCCAAAGGCAUUGGAGGAAGUACUAUCAGAUCGGGACAGUGAAGAUGAAAUGGAUAAUGGCGUUGCUGAUAUUGAAGACAGAAUGAUGCUUGAUGAGUUUGUUAAGAUGACAAAAGACAAGAAGCAAAUUAUGCACCUCUGGAAUUCAUUUGUGAGGAGACAAAGGGUUGUAGCAGAUGGUCACAUUCCAUGGGCAUGUGAGGCAUUCUCCCAGCUUCAUGGGCAAGGCCUUGUACAAGCUCCUGGUUUGCUAUGGUGUUGGAGAUUAAUAAUGAUUAAACUUUGGAAUCAUUCUCUCUUGGAUGCACAAAUCAUGAACAAUUGCAAUUUAAUUCUUGAAGGAUUUCAGAAUAAGAACUCAGAUCCUAAGCAAAGCUGA